AUGAGGGAUGGGGCAUUCAUUUUAUCUGAGGGGAUUCAGCAAAUAGCGUCAAGGACAGUAGUGAGCUUAGCCAAUGGAGGAGAGGCAAGGUGUGAGCAAUGUAAUGAGCAGAGCUGCAAGGAGUGGCAGGGAGGAGGGAGGGGGAGGCGAGGAGCAGUGGCAGAGGGAGGGGACAGCGGGGGAGGAAGAUAUUGGAAGAGAAGAGCACCAGAGCAGGGAGGUAAAAAAAAAAACGGGGCAUCAUCUUUAUCCUGCAUCUUCUUCACAGACAAUGGCUAGCCUCAACGCCAGCACCCUUCACCCAUGGUACUCCGACGCCGCCCCACUGUCUCGGGUCUCUCUCCAGGUGCAAGAGGUGUUCCCGUUCCACGACGGCUGGAACGUAGCGUGCUUCGUCAUCCUUCUCCUCUUCAUCCUCACCGUGGUCUCCCUGGCGGCCCUGGCAUUUCUCUAUGAGCUGCUCGACUGUGGCUGCUGUGUCAAGGGGAAGACCCACCGUGACCUGAUGGGGGAGGGCCAGGGACCCUUCCAGAACACGGAGAAGACACACAGUCCCAUGGGGUCCAACAGCGAGGUGGUGUAAGCGGUCACAGGGUCAUGGCCACAGUGACCAGGGCCAAGAGGGAGGUUGAGACAUUUGAAAUGGCAGACGGAGGGUUUGCGGUGCAGAAAGACCACGUGUGUAGGUGGAAGACGGUGGCGUGAAGAGUGGUGGACUGAACACCAGCAGGGAGGACUGGUGAGACGAGCUGAAUUCCGAUUCACCAAAUCAGAGCAAGUCUGUUUCACUCUCCCAGUUCAUCUGUGAGACUCGAACGUGACGCACGCCGGCCGUCACUCUGGAGAUCCGGUGGAUUGUGGAGACCUUCAGCUGUACCAGACCACAGCCGUGUGGACCCACCACAGGGGAGGUGAAGGUUAUGAAGGGCAUAAACGGCCAACUUCCCUUUGUCAUCCACAUGACCUGAAGAGACUCUGCAGCCUCGUCCAGGCUCUUUCAGAACCUUCGCCCUGUGAAUUUCACGAGUGAAGUUGACUUCUACCCAGGACAAUCGGAAUUCAGCCAGGGAGGGGAGUCCCUCUUUGCCACGGUCAGGGUUUUGUGACACGUCUCUUGUGUUGAUGGAUGUUUAGCCUGGUCUACAAAGCCGUCCGUUACCACAUCUAACACCCCAGACACACGGUUUCACAAACGACGCAGCAAAGGAGGUCCACAACGUUACGCCUCCAGGGCCCUAGAGACAGAAGGUAACCCACAUACAGCAUACACGACAAGCCGCGAUUGAAAUGACCCAACAGGUCCACAAAGAUCUAGACAGGUACUCCCAAAAUGUGACACAGUGUAAAGACUGUCCACCAUCAAGUUGUGUUAAUGGCUACACUACCCAGGCACCCUCAUUCUGGCAUGUCAUUUUACUUUGCCAAAAACACUGACUAAAAUAAAUGGUGUAAUGUCAUGACAGCAUUUGUAUUGUCCCCCUACAUUACAACAACGUGACAACUUGUGGUAUAUUAGUGACAGAGUCACCACACCAACAUAUUUCAAG